UCUCUCUCUGUGUCUCUCUUAACCGAAGACACACUCAUCUCUAUGCUCUCUCUCUCUCUCUCUCUACGGCAUUCCUCUGAAGAAUCAUAGAAUCUCUCAUAGUUUCCAGCCAUGGCCACCGCCGCCGAAGCGCUAGUCCCGUCCGAUAGCCCUGAGGAAGUCGUGCCGGAGUCCAACGACGUGAAAGCCGAUGAGUCGAAGCCUAAGAAGGCUGCGGCCCCUCGGAAGAGAUCUCCGUCAACUCACCCUCCGUUCCUCGAGAUGAUCAGUGAUGCGAUCUUGACCCUGAAGGAGAAGACAGGAUCGAGCCAGUAUGCGAUUCAGAAGUUCAUCGAGGAGAAGCACAAGCAGCUGCCGGCCAACUUCCGGAAGCUUCUCUUGCAUCAUUUGAAGCGCCUCGUUGCCUCGGGCAAGCUUGUGAAGGUGAAGAACUCGUACAAGCUCCCACCUGCGAAGGCGGCUGCUUCUCCCACGAAGAAACCAGCUCCGUCCAAGGCGAAGACAGUAGCAAAGCCCAAAGCAGCUGCCAAGCCAAAGGGCAAGGUUGCAGCGGCCAAGCCUAAGGCAGCUGCAAAACCAAAAGCCAAGGCCGCAGCAAAGCCUAAAGCAGCUGCAAAGCCGAAAGCCAAGGUAGCUGCCAAGCCGAAGCCAGCUGCAAAGCCGAAGGCAAAGGCUGCAGCUAAGCCGAAACCGGCUGCCAAGCCUAAGGCGGCUGCACCUGCUGCGAAGAGAAAAGCUGCCGAGAAGCCAAAGGCGAAGCCACCAGCCAAGUCAGCUAAAACGUCCGCCAAGGCGUCUCCGGCAAAGAAGGCAGCCAAGCCGAAGAAGGCCCCGGCGAAGAGGCCCACCAGGGCCAAGGCGACAACACCUACUAGGAAAGCGCUAAGAAAGAAGUGAGGGAUAGAAAUUUGUCUGUGUUGGCUUUAGGUUUCUCUCUUUUCCUUUUUUCGUGUAAAUUCGUAGUAUGGAGGAAGAGUUUGGUUCAGGAUUGAGCAGAAUUUAGAGAAUUUUCAUGAUACAGAUUUAGGGUUUGGCGUUAAUCAUCAUCAUCAUCAUCGUCGGUCCAUUGUCGGACGAAUUUCAGAUUUCCCCUGUGCUAUAACACUACUCUCCUUCUCACUA